AUGUCAGUUCUUGGUCAAAUGCGAAAUUUCUUUGCAUUAGAAACAUUAGAUACCUCAAUAGGUCCCAAUACCAACCCAACCAAGCGUCAAGCCAUAAUCAAGCGAGCAUCCCCACAUUCGAGAUGGUCCACUUUAGAGUUUAAAAUAUACAUGGUAAUUUUUGCCAUAGUAAUACCAUUGAUGGUUAAGACAACCAUGGAUGCAUCCAAUGAGACCAACCCAAAUUAUCCUAUAUUUUCUCGUCUAUUGAGCCAGGGAUGGAUGUUGGGUAGGAAGGUUGAUAAUUCAGACCAACAAUAUCGCUUUUUCAGAAACAAUUUCCCCUUGCUUUGUCUUUUAAUAACUGCUCAUGUUGUCAUGAGAAGAUUAACUAAUUUGAUUGUUCCUAAAUCCAGUUCUAAAAGGUCAUAUUUUGAUUUUGCAUUUGGAAUUGUGUUCUUGAUCGGUGCCCAUGGUGUUAAUUUGCUUCGAAUUUUGGUCCAUGUGUCUAUAAAUUACGCCAUUGGAAAAUAUGUAAAGGAUAGAAGAACAGUUAUCGGGUUGACAUGGAUAUAUGGGGUUCUGUCAUUGUUUGUGAAUCAUUAUGUGGGACAAGUUCCAUUUGGAAUAGGUUUUCUUGAUCAUGGAUUCAAGGGGAUUAUUGCUCGAUGGGACGUGUUUUACAACUUGACUUUGCUUAGGAUGAUUUCAUUUAAUCUUGAUUAUAUAGAAAGAACUAAAGCAAUUCAAGAUUCGGCGACGGAAAAGGAAACCCCUGAAAAGCAGAUUCAAGAACCAAAAUUAAAAGACCUUGAUUAUAGAGCAAGAUUAACUGCUCCACUUCCAAUUAGUGAAUAUAAUGUUCUUAAUUACAUUGCAUAUAUCAGUUAUGCACCAUUGUUUAUUGCUGGUCCGAUAAUCACUUUUAAUGACUACCUUUACCAAUCAAACUAUGAGCAACUUGAAAGUGUCAAGAAUUAUAAGAGAACAUUCAUUUACUUUUUGAGAUUUUUGUUUUGUAUGUUUGUCAUGGAAUUCUUAUUACAUUUUACCUAUGUUGUUGCCGUGUCCAAAACAAAGGCAUGGGAGGGAGAUACCCCGUUUCAACUUUCAAUGCUUGGCUUCUUCAAUUUAAUUAUCAUUUGGUUGAAAUUAUUAAUCCCAUGGAGACUUUUCCGAUUCUGGAGUUUGUUAGAUGGAAUUGACCCACCUGAGAAUAUGAUCAGAUGUAUGGCUAAUAAUUAUAGUGCACUUGCAUUUUGGCGUGCAUGGCAUAGAUCUUACAAUAAAUGGGUGAUUCGCUAUAUUUACAUUCCAAUGGGUGGGGGUGGCAAGUAUAGAAUCAUCAACAGUCUUUUGGUGUUCAGUUUUGUGGCAAUUUGGCAUGAUAUUGAAUUGAAAUUGUUAAUGUGGGGUUGGUUAAUCGUGAUAUUUUUAAUGCCCGAGAUAAUUGCCACACUUGUGUUCAAGAGAUUCAGCGAAAAUUGGUGGUUUAGAUAUUUAUGUGGGGUAGGUGCAGUGAUAAAUAUUUGGAUGAUGAUGAUUGCAAAUUUGGUUGGAUUUUGUUUGGGUAAAGAUGGGACCUUGAAAUUGUUGCAUGAUUUGUUUAAUACAGUUGAAGGGUUUGAAUUUUUUGUAUUAUCAUCAAUUGCACUUUUUGUUGGUGUUCAAGCCAUGUUUGAGUUUAGAGAAGCCGAAAAGCGAAAGGGAAUAGAUGUUAGGUGUUAG